AGGGAAGCAACUAAUGAAGAUUUGACAAAGAUGAAGUAUUUGGAAUAUGUCAUCAAAGAGACAUUAAGACUUUUUCCAAGUGUCCCACUUUUCGUUCGAGAAUUGGAUGAAGAUGUUAAAAUAGAGGGAGUUAAUUUUGUAGCAGGGACAGCAGUGCUGCUAGCACCUAUCAUCAUGCAUAAGCAUCCACAAUAUUUCCCUAAUCCAGAGAAAUUCGAUCCUGAAAGAUUUACACCAGAAAAUGUAAGAGGAAGACAUCCCUAUGCGUAUGUACCUUUCAGUGCCGGUCCCAGAAAUUGUAUAGGCCAAAAGUUUGCAAUGAUGGAAAUGAAGGCAGCAGUAAGCAAAAUAUUGAGAAAUUAUAAAUUGUCAAGUGGAGGAAGGGAAAAUGUCUAUAGUGUAGAGAUGAUUUUGAGAACAGUUGGAGGCACACACAUUAAAUUGGAAAAUCGAAAAUAACUAUUACCAAUUCCAAUUAGGAAAUGAAAGAAAUCAAUGUGAUUAAGCCAGUAAAUUGUCUGAAAAAUCAAUAUAGACAGUAAAUAACUUAAGUAGUAUCAAACUUGGUUAUUUU